AUGGCACGAUAUGACUUGAAUGCUAUGCAAUUUGACCUAAGGAGGGUUUUGGAGAACGGUUUUCUUGAAGAGUCGAAGGAGAUGGUAAAUACCAUUCAAAAGAUUAUGUCGAAGUACGAAAGUCAUCCAAAGGACUGGGAUGGCAAGGAAAAACGGAGCGAUAAAAAAUAUACAAGAACUCUUCUUGACAAAGGGAAUGGCCAUUACAAUUUAAUGAUACUAUGUUUGAGCCCUGGUCAGGAAAGCCCUAUACAUAAUCACCCAAAAUCGCACUGCUUCAUGAAGACUCUGAAGGGAGAAAUGUUCGAGGAGUUGUAUGAAAAUCCAGAUAUGACGUCGUGUUGUGGAGGUAAAAUGAAGAAAAUUGAAGAUAGGGUUUAUACACUCAACGAUGUGGCCCAUAUCACUGACGCAGACGGACUUCAUCGAGUUGGAAACAAAAGUCACGUGGAGGGCGCUGUCACUCUACACCUUUAUUCCCCGCCCUUUUCCUCGUAUAAAAAAUAUGAUGACGACACGGGGAAAUCUACAGAGGUUCCGAUGGGUUACGAUCAGGACUUUAGUGAACAGUGCUACUCUCGCUCAUGUUGUGAAAAGUAACUUUUCUAUGUGGAAAUUAAAGUCAUUUAUUUUUGAAGGUAGAAGUUAAGUACAUGUUUGUUUUUAGAAACUAGUAUUAUGAUGGCAAAAUUUCAUAUUGUUAUAUUUGUAACAAUUCUUUUUACAUAUUCACCUUUUUGUUGCUUUAUUUAUUAUUUUUUAAUUAUAUUUUUUUUUGCAAUUUAAGAUUUUUUUUUAUGAUAUAGAAAG